AUUACGUUUUUGUGUACAACUCCAGGGCUGGAAGCUUACUGUACACUGACCUGAAUGCGGUUAGUGCGGCAGCCAACGAAGCAGGCGCUCACCUGGGCUGCUUCGACUCUCAAGUAGCAAGUGCAUCUGACCUGAACGCAAGGAAACCACAUCAACAAGUCGAUCAGCAAUGACCACUGCAGCUGCAGAAUGUAUACCGGCAUAUAACAAACAUUUCAUCCCUCUCGAGUCAAAUCCAGACGUCUUCACCGAGCUUGCGCAUAAGCUCGGUCUAUCUGCCUCAUUGGUUUUCGAGGAUGUGCUCUGUUUAGACGAUCCAGAGCUACUUGGCUUUCUUCCGCGACCAGCCUUUGCGUUGAUCCUGGUGUUUCCGACGACAGACGACUAUGAGAAGAGAGUCCAAGACGAAGACACUAAGCUUGGGGAACUCCAAGCUUAUGGAGGUACUGGCGAUGUGAUAUUCUUCAAACAGACUAUCAAUAACGCAUGCGGUCUCUAUGCGAUCUUGCAUGCUGUCUGUAACGGCGAGGCACGGCAGAAGAUCGAAAGUGACUCAAUCAUUGCUCAAUUAUUGAACUCCAGUCUGACACGCAAUUCGGACGAGCUGGCGAAGGCAUUGGAGAAAGACGAUGGGCUUGAACGGGCAUAUGGUGGAGUAGCAAUAAAGGGAGAUACUGAAGCGCCCCUCAACGCGGAAGACGAGGUGGACUACCACUACAUCGCCUUUGUCAAAUCAGCCAAGGACAGCCAUCUGUACCAAUUUGACGGCGAUCGCAAGAGUCCUAUAGACCUUGGGACGCUCACAGCAGAUGAGGACGUCCUCUCCGAGAAAUGUCUCAGUGUCAUUCGUGGUAUGAUGGCAAGCGAAGAACAGAACCCCAACUUCAGUUUGAUGGCUCUGGUGGAGCAAGCAGAUAUGUAGGUAGCCAAGGAGUCACACUCUUCGUAGGAUUUCUCCGAAGAGCGAGGAAGUGUGAACUAUGAAGGACCUUUUUAUUUGUUCUUGCAACGAACUUCGUCAGACGAAGAAUGCACGUACUGAAGUACAGCCGCAAACACCACAGCUGAGCAAGACGCAAAGCUGUGGGAUGCUCCCCGAAGGGACUCGUAAAAGUGUCGAAGACUCAAGUGGCUGGUGUGCGGGUUGCGUCCUAUGAUGGAUGGAUCUAUGCAGAAUGACAUAGCGACAUGGUUUCGUCCUCACAUUAGAGGCUGAUGUUGUUUGUCGUAGUGAU